AUGAGCUCGGAGGCAGGCGACGAGGGAGGCACAGUGGAGGCUCUCACGGGGCAGAGGAGGCCAACGGAGCCGCAGGGAGGAAGACGACGGCGAGGAACCAAGCCAAAACGCCACUGUGCUCUCGUGGGCAUUCGGCGGCGAGCGUCGGUGAGGGGUUUUACUGAGAGGGAGAGAGUAUCUCACACUGAAAAUAUUUUGGUGAAGGAGCAAGACUCCCCCCAUCCGCUUCUCGAAACCCUGGAGCGGCGCGGGGGGCGGCGCCUCCAGCGGUUCGCCCUGUCCUUCCACAUCGGCAAGCUCAAGGCCGAGCACUUCCGCCGCUGGCUGGACUAUGCCGCCGCCUGCGCCGUCGAGGACCUGCACGUCCACCUCGCAAACCGCGUCUUCAACAUCUUCGAGUACCGGCUCCCGCUGGGCGACCCCCACCUCGCGCGCCUCUCGCUCCGCGCCGUGACCGUCGACCUCCCCGGGUCCUUCUCCGCCGACUCCCACCCCUUCUCCGCCCUGGAGGUCAUCCACCUCCACUGCGUCCGCAUCUCCGACCGCACGGUCAACCGCCUGGUCGCCGCGUGCCCCCUCCUCCAUACCCUCGAUCUGCGCUACUGCGAAAGCCUCUUCUCCGUCAUCGUCGCGACGGCCGGGGCACACCUGAGGAGCCUCACCCUUGCAGAGUGUGGUUCGGAAGCCGAAGUUUUUUUUGCCGGCGAUGCGUCCGGCCUGCGCUCAUUCCACUACAGCGGCGCCUACAUUCCCGCUUACAGCAUCCCGGCCACCGCCAAUCUUGCUGACCUUUACAUCUGCUUCGGAGGACCUAACCGCUGGAGGCAAUUGUCAGGACCUUAUUGCGAGCUGCGCACAAACUGGCUUCAACUACUAACCAGUCUGUCCAACCUCACUGUGCUUACCCUCUGCAGCAGUGCCCUACGGAGACUGUCUGCCAAAGCUCGUGCCAGAUUAGUUGCCACAAGUGCCGCACCAUGCAAAUUGCUGAAUUUGAGAGAGCUUCAGCUACUGAUGUUCGCAAUGGAGAUCGACAACAUAAACGACAUUUACACUUUCCUUGUGACCUGCUGUGGUCCUCGAUUGGAGAGGUUAUUUGUGCAGCUUCCGACAAGUAGUUGUCAAUAUAGGCCAGAGGAUGAACCAUCAGGAUCAGAAUCUGAGGAAAAUGAGUCAGUGGAAGAGCUAUCAGAGCAAGAGGCAACGGAGGAAGAUGAGCUAGAUGAAGACUUGUCAGAAGGAGAAACACUGGAGAAAGAUGGGCUAGAGGAAGAGUUGUCAGAGGGAGAUGCCCUGGAGGAAGAUGAGCUAGAGGAAGAGCUGUCAGAGGGAAUUGAACUCGAGGAAGAGUUGUCAGAAGGAGAGCCACCUGAAGAAAAUCAAUCACAGAAACAUGGAUCGAUGGAAGAGAUACCUGAUGGAGGGCAAUCAGAGGAAGAGACACUAGAGGAGGGCGAUGGCUUUGAGAACCUUCUGUUGGUCAACAUGAUGAAUUUCAAGGGGCGCCACCAUGAGAUGCAGCUAGUAAGCCUUUUCUUGAAGAAGUCUACUAGUCUCAACCAACUGAUACUGUUUACUCCCAAGAUUAAUCACCCAGAAUGGCUUCAGAAGGAUCAUAUGAAUACUUCACAUAUUCUUGAAAGAAAACUAUCGCCUCUCAGAAAGGUGUCACCGAACGUUCAGAUAGUACUCAGUGAGCCUGAUGAUAGUGCAAUUCAGCAGUUGCACGAGGCUUUUGUCAAGGUUUAAUGAUUUGUUUGUUGUAGAGUUAUGACCAGAUUAUGCGAAAUAUCAGAAACAAGCAACUAUUAGGCAAGGCAAAGAACAAGCUAAUCUGCAAGGUAGGCAGGAUGCUGUGUUCUGUAGUGCAUCAAGGAUCAUUGAGUAUGUUGUCUGGGCCUUAUACUUUGCAGCUUAACUCCUUAAGACUUACCAAAAAUUUGAUGGGUCUACAUUAACCUGUUGCCUUGUUGGUGACAGGAAAGUAUUACAAAAACACUGUAGAAGGCUGAGACUUGUUAUGCUCUAUCUUUGUGCUUCUCAAUUUGCAUUUAGUACAAGAGUGCUUUAAUCAGCCGGGUAUGGUAGUGAGUUUUGCAAUUUUUUAAGAUUUUCCUUAUUUAUCGUUACUAUUGCCACAUAUUAUUACUGGUUAAAAGUUCUUUUCCUGGCGUCAAGAGAAAAACUAAAACAUGUACAGUAAUAUGGAGUCAAAAGAUCUUAUUUAUCAUGUUUCUGAAUCAACGUUGUUACCUUGUUGCUGCCUGCUUUGAACAAACUUAUCAGAAUUCAGCGCAACAGCGGGCAAGAAAGUCUUACGAAUACAGGAGUAGUGUAGUUGGCUGAGACUUGCUAUGCUCUAAUAUUUUUUGCUCCCCUCAAUCUUCAUUUAGUACAGCAUUACUAUGAUCAGCUGGCACAGCAGCAACACUUUUACAAUGUCAUGUUUUCCCACUUUUCCCUUGUUUACUGUCUUACCAUCUUCAUUGCUGAUUCAAGAGUUUACUCCCUUUUAGGCAUGAUCAUUAAAGGAUUCUUGUCCUGAAGGCAAGAGAAAACACCAGAUCAUGUACACUAAUAACCCGGAUGGUGGCAGUUGAGGCCAAAUUCUUCUUCUAUAUAUCUGUUGUCAGUUGCUGACAUCUCUGAUGCAUCUGAAAACAUCUGAAUAUUUGUCCCUGUCUACUGUAAAUCCAUUGUGGUCUGCCACUUAACUUAACCGGUUCGGAUGAGCGCUGGAAUUUGUUGAGAUCUGAUCAUCAGAGCACCAUGCCUUAAAACACAUCUUGUGCAGAACAAGAGCGAAGAGGUAGUUGUUCCUUGUGCAGAACAGGAACAAUGCCAUUUCCUUAUAUUUGCCUCAUCUAUCACUUGGCAGCUCGCCUCAGAUCAGAGGGCCGAGUGCAUGACACACCUUGAAACAUAUAUCUCGAUUUACAAACCGUGGAUGCUUAUAUCUCGGUUUACACACCGUUCACGGAUAACCAAGAUGGGAAGGAAUAGAAAUGGAGAAGCAGAACACGAAUGUGCUUAUUAGUGCUAAUCAGUUUGGCUAUUACAAUCAGUUCAGUUGGGUCCCCAGCAGACGAUGUGGUACGCCUUGUGCAGC